AUGCAGAAGGAGGCUGGUCCUGACGAGCGCUGUGCGCUGCAAGCGACGCUGUCCUGCAUCAGCGAUGACGAGAGGCAGUUGAUUCUGAGCUUUGUGCUGGGGGACCUUACGUGCUACCCUCGUGUGGCCGCCAUCGACAGUCGGUUCUUCCUGGCAUGCACUGCCUUGGGUUCCUGGCAAGAAUGCGUCAUCGAGAUUCCUCGCGCGUGGACUGCUAAAGAGGAGUGCGUGGAGCAGCUCGUGAAGCUGGCCGGCAGCUGGCGGCUGGCGCAGAAGGCAGUGCUCCCUCCGUUCCCCCAGCGGCGGCUACUCCAGGAUCAGCUGGCGAAGGAGUGCCCGCAGCUGACUUUGGCCGCUUUAGGAGAAGGACCCUACAUGCUCUUCGUUAUGGGCUGCAACUUACCCAUCGGGGCACGGAUGUCACUCCACUUCUUUGAGCCUCGAUAUCGGUGGAUGUGCCGCAGGCUUUUUGCAGGAGAGCCACCUUACAUGUUCGGAUUCGUGACCCACGGCCGAGCCAAAGAAGGUUCGCGGGGUCUGCUCUGCCAGGCCACAGAUUGGGCCACCAACACCAAUGGAACCUAUGAUGUUCACAUCCGAGCAGAGGCUGCCUUUAACCUGACGGAGGUCUGGUACGAGGAUAUUCCUCACAGCUCUCCUCUUGCCCUUGGGUUCAUCGACGUCAUCUCCCGCGUACCACCUGUGCGACAACAGCCUGGAGGUGGAAGCAGCCCGCGACUGCUGUCUUCCAGGAGCUCUGGACGACGCUGCUUCCCACUUUCACUCCGGAGAUGGCUGUCAAACCUGGGGACCUGCUGUCCGCGCCGAAUAUACAGCCCGUAG